CUAAUAAAAAUUAAGUACAUAUUUUAUUACUAGCUAACGAUGGCCAAAUUGAUGAGUUUGUUGUUGUUCAUCAUCGUAUUAUUGCUGAGCCCUUGCCAAUGCUGUCCUCAAUAUCAGAAAGAAGCUCUCCUUCAAUUCAAAUCUUCCAUAGUAGGAAACUCUACUUUUUCCUCCGCAUUCACCUUCAUAUACUCGUCGUGGAACUCCUCCGAUGCUUCCGGUUGCUGUCAGUGGGAAGGAGUUGGCUGCGACUCGCAGCAGGUGAUCACUAGUCUUAACCUCAAUAAUAUUACAUCCGCAUCUGUUGUGACAUCUGAUGUUUUAACUCCACUUUUUCACUUGAAAACACUCACCUUUCUAAGCCUUGUUUCCAAUGAUAUACACGGUGAAAUCCCAGGAGCCGGAUUUGCCAAUCUGACUAACCUGGUUACACUUUUUAUGUAUGACAAUCGUUUCACCGGUUCCAUUCCUCCUCAGUUAUUUUCUUUGAGAAAUUUGAAAAUCCUAGACCUGACUGAUAAUCUGCUCAACAGAAAUCCUGUCAUGCUCGAAAACCUCACAAGUUUGGAAAGACUUUUCCUUGCAGGCAACAAGUUUUCUGGAGUCAUUCCGUCAUUGUUGUUUGGCUUGAAAGAAUUGCAAUUUUUGGAUUUGAGUUCGAAUUAUUUUUCCAUGGACAUACCCAUGGAGAUUGGUAAUUUGUCCAAGGUGAUACUUCUUGAUCUGGGACAUAACAAUUUUCAGGGUAACAUUCCUGCAUCCAUUCAAAAAAUGGAACAUCUAGAAUUUCUUUAUUUACAAAGUAAUCUUCUCUCCGGUGAUAUCCCGGCAUGGCUGUUUGAUUUCAACAACAUGAUUCAGUUGAAUCUCGGAGGAAAUAGACUUUCUUUGGGAAACAAGAUUAUCCGACCAAAGAGCAGUAACUCGUUAAUGGUAUUAUCUUUGAGAUCCUGCAAUCUUUCAGGCGAAACUCCCAUUUGGAUUUCCAAUCUGACCAGUCUUAUUUUCUUGGACUUGAGUCAUAACAACCUCACAGGAAAUUUUCCUAAAUGGCUAGCUGAUAAGUUUUCAGGUUUCUUGAUUGUAUCAGCUAAUAAGUUUUCAGGUCCUUUGCCGCCUCAAUUGUUUCAAUACGAUCAGUUAGUGGUUCUCGUGGCUUCAAACAAUAAUUUCUCAGGAUCACUGCCGGAUACCAUUGGUGAAUCCGCUCAAAUGAGAGUGCUCAUGUUGUCAGGAAACGCUUUCUCUGGUUCAAUACCCAAAUCCAUCUCAACUUUGUCUAACCUAAAGUUAUUAGACUUGUCGAACAACAAAUUUUCAAGCAAUGAGUUUCCAAUCUUUAAUCAAAAUUCACCUUUGGCUUAUAUUGAUCUUUCCUUCAAUAAUUUAUCUGGUGAAGUUCCUGUAACGUUUCCAUUGAAUGUAAAACUGCUUCAAUUAAGCCGAAACUAUUUUUCCGGUUUCUUGCCUCAGAAUCUUUCAAACUUCAGGCAGCUUAAAUGCCUUGAUCUCCAUGAUAAUAACAUCACCGGUGAAAUCCCUGAGUUUGUAUGUCACCUCUCUUCUCUCCAAAUUUUGAAUCUUAGAAGUAAUUUUUUCAUAGGAUCCAUUCCGAUGAAUCUGUCGAAUCUUAGUGCUCUGCAAAUACUCGAUCUUUCUGGUAAUAGCCUAAGUGGGAAAAUUCCGAAAAGUUUAGAUAGUCUCACUGGAAUGAUUGAACAUGAUACUUCUUCUUCACAUCGUAUCAUUAGUGAUUUUGGGUCUCCUGCUCUGUUCUCAAUCGAUAGUAAUAACUUGAAGGAUAUAGAAGUUUCCUGGAAGAACUCCAAGUUGGGUCUUCCAUGCCGAAAUCUUCAGCUGUAUACUUUUCUAGAUUUAUCAAACAACAGAUUGUCAGGUGAAAUUCCUGAUAGUUUUAGUGGUUUGAAAAGCCUGAAGUCCCUGAAUUUUUCUACAAACAAACUCUCUGGAAACAUACCAAAGAGUUUUGGUGAUAUGCAAAGCUUGGAGAGUCUAGAUUUAUCCCAUAACGGUAUCUCUGGAGAAAUUCCUGAGACAUUGGUGAAAUUAUUGGAGCUUACAUAUUUGGAUUUGAGCAACAACAAAUUGAAGGGUCCAAUUCCAAGCGGUCCUCAAAUGGAUAGGAUGAAUGAUCCAAACUCUUAUGCCAACAACACUGGAUUGUGUGGUAUGCAGAUUGGGGUUCCUUGUGACAACCCCUCGCCUGAACCAAAACCAACAGAAACAGAGAGUGAAGUUGAGGAAAUAAAAAAUUGGGAGACUUGGUUUUCAUGGAAAAUGGCAGUUAUCGGAUAUCCUUCUGGGAUUUUGUCAACAAUAAUGGUUAUGUAUGUCUCUGGCUACUUUAACAUCACACCUCAACGAGGCCGAAGACUCCGUAUUAGGCGUAUUUAAUUUUGUAUAUUCAGUAGUAUGUAAUCAAGUUGAUUUGAAACAUAAUCAAAGUUUG